CUCGGUUCAUGGGAGCUCCAGUUCUUACUGUACAUACGUCCCUGGAAGAUCAUGACGAUGACACAAGGGGGAUAUGAGCCCAAGAUCUAUUCCUCUAUUCCUGUGCAGUAUUUCACUGUACAUGAGCAUUAUUGAUCCUCGAAUGUUCACAUCUCGCUUUAGAGGCUGUCUUCAAACUCCAAAUGUCGCGUUGGUGAUCCCGUCGAAAUGCGGGGAGAAACUGGGGACGGAAUCCAGGCCCGGGUGGGGGUCACUCUUCUGUAUCCGCCAGAAUCAGCUGCAUCAGCUGCCUAUUCACUCAAUCUUGAAGUUAAUAACAUCAUCCAUCGCUGCAGUGCUGCAUCAUAACCCACGCAUAGCCCUGUCCAACUCAUCGUCCACAUGAACCCUUCCAUUCACCCGUCCCGCUUGCCCGAGCCACUGGAACGAGUCCAUUGGUCGCGCCGCAAGGAGUGCCCGCCUCCAACUCAAAUGUCUCCCUCAAUCGUCUUCCUAC